UCUGUCGGUCGGACAGACUGUAUAAAAACAGGUCGGACAGACUCUGCCCACACCGCAGUUUAACAGCCAGCCAACUGACACAGAGCCGUUGAACCGCAAGCCUGUCAUCGUCUGUCCUGGAGGGUGAGACGCUAGCUAUGGGCAUGUGGUCACUCGGCCUUGGCGCUGUGGGGGCCGCCAUUGCCGGCUUAAUACUUGCAAACACUGACUUCUUGCUGACUAAACCGGCACCUGCUUCUGUAGAAUAUCUAGGGAAUGCUGACCUCAAAACCAUCAACAGUGAUGAGAGGGCUUUAAAAGCGAAAACUCUCUGGGAGAAAUCUGGUGCGGUGAUCAUGGCUGUCCGGCGACCUGGAUGAUUUUUGUGCAGAGAGGAGGCCUCUGAGCUGUCCUCUCUGAAGCCCCAGCUGGAUGAGCUCGGGGUCCCUCUGUAUGCUGUUGUGAAGGAGAAUGUAGGUACAGAGAUUCAGGACUUCAGGCCUCACUUUGCAGGGGAGAUCUUCCUGGAUGAAAAGCAAGCUUUUUAUGGGCCACAACAGAGGAAGAUGGGUGUGCUUGGUUUCAUUCGCUUGGGAGUCUGGCAAAACUUUAUAAGGGCCUGGAGGUCAGGUCACCAAGGCAACAUGAAUGGAGAAGGUUUCAUCCUGGGAGGGGUGUUUGUCAUCGGAUCAGGUGAACAGGGGGUUCUUCUAGAGCACAGAGAAAAGGAGUUUGGAGAUAAAGUCAGCAUACAGUCGGUUUUGGAAGCCGCUAAGAAAAUUGUGGUAGAAAAGUAGAUGUUGUCUAAGUUUGUCAGGUGCAGCAAAGCUGCCAAGUUUGAUUAAAAUAGAUUAAUGAAAGUUCUCCCUUGAUACAGAGUCACAACCCACCUCAUCACACUUCAUCUCUCCUACUAAUGCUGUGAAUAGAGAGAAAAGCUCAGGUUGUUGAAUCGUUAGCACUGACUGGUACAUUUAAGAGCUAAGUAACAAUGCCAUAGAAUUGCAUGUGGCCUCGUUUUAAUUCUGGUGCUUUAGUAUGUACAAAUGGGACUAAUGUUGUGUAAUUAAGUAAUAUUGUUUUUGCACUUUAGAAAUUGCUUGUCAUGAAUCAUUGUAUUGUUGCUUUUCACCUUCCUGCAUUCCUUUGGUUGCCUGCUGCCACACUGGUGGUUUUCUGUGGUAUGUGUAUUAAUGAAAGUCUGUUUCCAAACUCCAUGUUGAAAGAGCAGAUCUGAUGCAAACACGUGCUUACAAAUCUGCUGGUUUCUGGUCAGUGAGCAGCCAACGGCUCAGCUAGGGGUGGACACAAUGAACAAUAAACAUGUCAUCUCCAAAAAUUCAA